AUGGGAACAGCCAGGAGUGGAGACUCUGAGCUCAUUCGCCUGAGCGCCAUCGAUUACUUAACCGGAGAAGUGCUCAUUAACAACCUUGUCAAGCCUGAUCAACCAAUGCAACAUCUCAACACAAAGUGGUCGGGCGUUACGUGGGAUCAAAUGAACGAAGCCGUAAGAGAGAAGACCACGCUGAAGGGAAAGGCAAGUCACUACGUGAACAAGCUGAGGGAAGACAUCGUUCACAAUGACCUCAAGGCGCUGAAGUGGAUACACACAAAGGUCGUAGACUCCUACGUCGUAGAGCACAAGAUCAUUCAGGAGAAGAAGGCAGUCGAAGCCAGAGAAAAAGAGCUUAGUGAAGAGGCAGCAAGAAGGGUGGAGGAGUGUCUUCUGGAGGUCACAGGACUAGCGACGAGUAGCAUGCUCACCCCAGCGACCGAUGCGCAGACACUGGGCGACUCGACCAACCCCAUUGAGGGUGAGCCCAAGAAGAAGAAGAAAAAGGGCACGGGUGAUCUGGCGUUGAAGACACUGCUAAAGAAAUACCUGGACACGGACAUUCAGACCAAAGGCAAUAAAGGUCAUGAUAGCUUGGAAGAUGCAACUGCGGCGCGGGAUCUAGUUCACUGGAUGGUGAUGCGGAGACUCCAGGAUAAGUACGGCGUAUUGACGUAG